CUAACUCUGCGCCUGCGCACUCCCAAAUAAUCAGCCAUUUGCAAGAACUUUCUUUGAGGUUAGUCAUUGCAGUAAUUUUUUUGAACUAAAUAAAUUUUCCAUAAAAAAAAUGAUUGGAAAGAGCAAUUUGCUAGUAAGACAAAUGGUCAGAAACGCCAUUGUCAGAGCUUCCCACGAUCACGGUGGUGUACCUGGAGUUAACCUUCCCUUUGAUAUUAACAACAGAUUCAAGCUAACAGCUAUGAUGAUUGCUUUCUUUGGUUCAGGAUUUGGUGCACCAUUCCUUAUUGUUAGACACCAACUCACAAAAGCUUAAAUUAUGAGUGGUAUGUGUUAGUCAAGUUGUAUUUAAUUUUUAUAUGUAAAUAAGUAUUUCAACAAUAAAUAAAGAUAAUUUAAAAAUG